GGGAUCAGGUGGGGCUGUGGGCGGCGUGCCCUAAUCUAGCCCUCAUGCAUGUCUGAUGGAAAUGAAUCAACUCAGGGAAAGAUGACAGCAGAGAUCCUCCAUUCUUAGGAGUAGAGUGAGAGAAUGGGGCAGUAAUUGAUGUUGACACACAGAUGAACUCACACACCCACAUGUACACAUGCACUGCAAUUAGGCCCAUCUAUCUUAUUCUAUACACAAAUCCUGUUGACUAUAAUGAACAUGCCCAUUACCCUUUUAUGAUAUUAGUUUACCGUCUAUUGUGGUGUAAUUUUGUUGUCUUCAGAUCGCCCCAAGCUAGUUAAUUAUAGCAUUCACAGUGUGUCUGCUGGAGACAGUUUCCAAAGGAAGACAGUGACAGCUCUUUCCUGACAGUUCCAGAGGACCACCCUCAUCCUGCUGCCACUGUUCUUAUCCUCCUCUCAAGAACUGUGUGGCUUUGAUGUGCUUAUCCACUCCAACCUCAAACUAUGGCUCCUGGAGGUCAACCUCUCUCCUUCUCUGGCCUGCGAUGCUCCUCUGGAUCUGAUGAUAAAGGCCAGCAUGAUAUCAGACAUGUUUUCUCUUGUGGGCUUUGUUUGUCAGGAUCUCCUGCUACAACACUCCUGCUCUGAACGGGUGACUCUGGACGCAGGCCUGACGUACCAAGCCCACAAAGCACAGGUAUGGGAGACCACCACCUUUAUUGUUUCACUAAAAAGUGCCUUAGUUUAGACAUCAGAAGGAACUGCCUUUCCAUGCCAUAUAAAGUCUUUCUCAACAUGGCCUGUCAUCAUGUCUCUUACUGUAUUUGUUUUGCUGUUAUAGCUGAGCCCUUUUUGCCCUCAUGGAAAGUCAUUCUCAUGAAAAACAACUGCUAAUGCAAUUACAGGGUUAGGGUGACAUCAUCAGCACUACGAGUGCACGCUCUGAAGAUUAUUAUUUGAUCAUGUUUAAUCAGGUGACUAAUGCUCUCACUAGGCUCUGUUGCUUAAUGAUGCCACAGCAGCUAAUACACUUGGCUCACUGCAGUGAACUACUGCACCCGGUCUGGGCUAGGAUCUGCUGGUGGGACAUGAUCAAGUCAGACAUUUUUCUACUCCACCUUGAAUUGUGUAAAGUGCCCAGAUAGCCUUACUGUAACAAGGCUUUACGUUUGUUCAUAUGUGUGUGACGUGGUGAGGUUGGACCCAGGUGCAGAGUAGAGACCAGACGAGGAAUCAGUGGUUAAGGAUAAACAUAAUACUUUGCUGAGAAACGGUAGCUGCAGGAUCACAGUACACUUGAAAAAACAACAAACGCUAAGUCUCAAACACCCUCAGGAAACGAACGCAUGUGGUAAACAAUUCAAGCUUCUGCAAAGGACAACAGAAAACACACCUCUUUUAACAGGGAAAUUAGUAAAUAGGACACACCUGAGUGUCGUUAACAUCUCUAGGACGGUCUCUGCUGCCCUCUGGUGACAGGUGGAACCAUGACAAUGUGAUCUGUAUGAAUGGCUCGGUUUGUAUGCUUACAGUGUGUUUUUCGAUGUGCAUGUCUAAGUGCUUCUCUGCAUGUGUGUAUGUUAAGACGGGUGUAGUUAGCGGCUGAUGUUCAUCUCACUGUCUCUCACACACCAUUGCCUCUCUUAGCGUCCUUUCUUUGCUCAGUCAGCCAGUGCACACUCCAGAAUGGUAAGUUGUCCUGCCUUCUCAUAUCCUCUAACCCAACCACAUUAACCCUGCUGCACCUUUUCGCUAUGCCUCACCACUGUGACGUCUUUACAUUAAUCGGUAAGGAAGCCACUUCAUUUUUCAACCAUUUAUCCUUCUUAGCCUAUGUUGUUUUUGAGUCUAAACGAUGAUGAUAUUUUCCCUACUUGUGGCUGCCAAAAAGCCCCCUCUAUCGAUUGUGAAUCAUGGUCUUGAAGUGGUGCUUUUAAUCGAAUAGUCCUUAUUAGAUUGGUCUUGGCAAGUCUAUGAUUUAGAAGCAAGGCAAUGUAGCUCUGAGAAUCAAUCCAUUGAUGUCUCAGCCCCUCUGCCGGUUAAAGACACAGCAAAACAAUCUUGCCACUAAAGCAGUCCUGUCAGAGAGGCAGUGAAUCCUAUGCUCCUAUGAAUAAUCUGUCCUCUUCCUCUAUACUGUGAUUAGGAGCAACAGUUUAAAUUAUUUCAGGGGAUCAGACCUUGUCAGUCUCUGGAUCCCAUCAUAUCUCCCCAACCAGUCUGGCAAAUUCAAUGUAAUCCCCCUGCUAUUUAGAUGACAAAUUCUCAAUGUGAUCCUGUGGGGUUAUGACCUGCUGUCUGACCCUGGCUCAAACCUGCGUGCCAAAGUCGUCAAUCAGCCCUGGUAAUGCAUGCCAAGGAUGAGGCAGCCAGGAAUGCCAGCUAGCAAAGAUAGAAAAUGUGCCAUUUAUGUAACCCAGGGAGGGAGGAAAGGGGAUGAUUUUUUACAUUUUCCAUAGAUUUGGUGCUUUUCUGUAUGUAAAGAUUGUUACAUUUUUUGAAAUAUGAGUUUUUAUCAGUGUGUGUGAUGUUUUCUUAGAAUUGAACAGAGCCAGCCAACUUGCAUUAGCACCCUAUUCAUUAGACCUAUUAAACACCUAAUUUAUUAAACCAGUAUCAGGGUGGAUUUAUGUGGUAAUUAGAUAGAUGGUAUCAGUAUAACGAUAUGUCCGCUCCCCUUUCCUCUCCUACAGCUGUAGAGACCACUGUCAGCCAACAACACUGACACAGACAGGCCUAAUGAGAAGCCAGGAGGUUAACAAGGACAGCAACCUGGGCCUGACUGCUGAGGAGCUGAACGUCCUGAGGAGAAUAAGAGAGGAGCACGAGAGACGAGGGAGGUUCAUUCAAAGCUUCCCCACCCCAGAGACAUGGGAACUGUACAGUGGUUAUCUGGAGUAUAAGACAUCAAUGAACUCCAUGUUGUCUAACAGACGUUUCCAUGGAAGUACUUUAUACUUAAGUGAGGGGUGGCAAGGCCUCCCCCACUAUGACCAGAUGAGGAGGAUGUUGAGGAGGGGGAGGAGAGUGUUCAGAAGGAGGAAAAAGGAGGCGGAGAAGAAAGCCCUGAGUCCGUUAGUGGUGCAGACAGACAGUGUACCCACCCCACUGGAGCGGUUCCACAAUGAGGUCCUCACCAAAACAAUCCCGACGCACCGCCGCUGUCGCCAAGCCCAAAGUCAACCUGCUCCACAUCCUCUAGCAGGGCUGAGACCUCAGACUCAGAUGGCCUUCUCCUCCUACCUCAACCGGGUGCAGAUGAGGCUACUUGCAGAGAGCAGGACUAACGCUAACUCAGCCUGGCCAGAGAAGGACAAUGGCCAAACGGAGACAGAGCAUAUGGUCAAGAAACUGAAGAAGAUGAAGAAAAUUGUAUCAACCACAGUGUGUUUCAGGAGUUUAUCACUGAGGCAAGCGAAAGUGAUCUUGAGGAGGUCCUGACAUUCUACACAACCAAAUGUAGAAGCACUAAACCUGACAAUAGCAACAGCCAGGGUUCGGGAGAGCCAGCUUCCACAGAGAAUCAUAAAACUCUGCCUUUGGCCAAAGAAGACUCCAGCAUUUUAGCCUCUGAGUCCUAACUGUCUAAUGUCAGAAUCAGCACAGACCAGCCCACUGCAGACCAACCCACUGUAGAGUGUCUGUAGACCUUAGAAGUAUCAAGCAACCUGAGGCCCAGGCCUACUAGUACUCCUGCAGCUUCCCAGCUGCCUUAGACUGUGGCCACAUCCACCUGCAGCACUACCCUCACCCCCAGAACCCACCUCUGCCCCUGCACUGCCCCCACUGCUGCCCCCAGUCUCAUCUCCACUCCCCUCACCAGCCCCAGGUCCCUCCACAUCCCCAGGCCUUUGUGUUCUCCUCAGCCUCCACCCUGGUCCUCCAGUCCCUUCGGGUCAUAUGGGCAGCUCCUAUCCUGGUCCCACCACAGUCUCAGCCCCACUGGUCUCCCAGGUCCUGAGGCAGGUCCAGUUCUUUACCUCCACCUCCACGGCUGCAGCCUUAUCCUCCAUACCCGACUCAAUCCACGUCUACAGCCAGAAGCUCUCCAGGCCCACUUCUGCAGAUCAAGCAAUCAGAAGGACCGCCUCCUGCCGGCCCAGAUCAGAUCCAGCUGGGGUUUUUAAGGACCUGGACUCCCUGUCUGCUCAGACCCAGUCCACCCAGCAGGCCAUUGUCUUAGCCCUGCAGAAACUGGCUGAGAAGCAGGCUGCCUACCAGCUCCAUCAGUCUACUAACACAAUAUGAGUCUCCUGUGACCCUACCCAACCCCUCUACCCUCUUCCCUGCUCAAUCGCUAGUUAAUGUCACCUAUAGGGUGUUCAUAUCAGGAUACAAAACUACUAUAAAUCAUACACUGUAAAGGGAUUUGUGCUUUUCUCUAGAUGAGUAAAGGGAAUCCACACGUCCUGCACAGUGGACUUACUGAGGGUAUUAAUAUUCCCCUGUGAACCUCUCUGUGACCCCAUGGUGAGUGAAACUUCAGAGCUCAGUGUUGCUCACACAUCCAGCAGGCAAAGAGGGUUCCUGGAGCCUACAGCCUGUUGGCUGGAGCUGGCUGGUCUGAGCAGAGCAGAGUGGUGGUGAGCUGAUCUGAGGCUCCGUGUGAGGUCUCAUUAUCUUUUGUGCCAAAUGGGAGUGCUUUCUGUUGAUAUUUAACAGGUAGUCACUUUUGGAUGCUUAUGAAUAAAAUAAUGUGGAAAUUAGCACUGAGUGGGGGUGAGAUGGCUCUGCUUCCUCCCCCACCUCUCUUUUUAACGUCUUGCCUGAAGGUUUGUCAUUCACAGUGGGUAAGCCCACCAGCCCCCCUCCCUCCAUCUUUCUCCCUCCCUGGGAGUUCAUGUGAUGGCACCAGACCACACAGACUGCAGUUGUAUGUCUUCCUCUUCUCUGUACAGUAUUAUAUUCUUCUGAAAAGUGUUUGCUGUAAUUCCCAUGGAAAGUUAAUCCUGGUCAUGACAUAGGGCUAUUUUGCAGAGCAAAAUAGUUUAAUGGUUUGCACUUAAAGGGUUUGAAUAUACUUUGCCUUUCUUUUGACAUGGAUUAUAAGUCAUUAAAUCACUUAUUUAACUCAAUAUAGUGUUUUGUAUGGAGAAGCAACACCCUAUUGCACUGGUUGACCUGAAGAUUCAGCAAUUAUUAUUUUUCACAUGCCAGGCCUCAUCUUUUGGGAAUAACCGUAACUACCUCUUACAAUGUAAUUGUUUCCAAUUGUGUGAAUUUAAGUAUUCUUAUCAUUUGUAAUCUAAUCUUUGGCAGUAAAAUAAGUGCUUGAUUGUGA